UCUGUCAUCCAGACAAGCCCCGCAGAGCUGUGUCUCGGCAGGGCCAGAACUUUUCUUUGUGUGAGCUCGCGUGUACCCGCCAGCCCGGGCUGCUCCCCCACCCCUGGCUCCAAACGCUGUCACGGAGUUCCACUCCCCCACGCACACUGCUCCCCUCCCGCCCCACGGAGCCGCCGAGAGCCACGGCUGAUGCUGGCUGAUGAGGAGAUCGGAGAGAAGGGGAAACUUUCCCAAGGGCAGAUCGUGCUGCAAAGUCCAGCUGAGGCUGAGCGCAGGGCACUGAGGAUCUGCCUUUGGGCACCGGUGCCCUCCAUGCUGGAACAGCGACAGCAACUCCACUGAUCCAGCAAGAGGAUGAGAUCCAGCACCAGCCCCUGGAGAUGGGUGGCCAAGUUCCCACACUUCUGCCUUUGAGGAGCAGCGGGAUGCUUUGGGGUCUCUGUGCUGGUGCGUCCUCCCCAAAUUCCUCAGCUCAGGUUCUUCCACCUCAGGCUACAGACUGAGCCCUCCUCGUCCUUCCCCAGCUGCCCAAGGAGGGAGUACUUCUAAGGGGCCAGCCCCAUCUUGUCCCACAAAGAGAGCGCGACAGCAGUGGCCCCAAAGAUGGCCAUCAAUGGGAGCGAGAGUGCAGGGUCCUGUCUGGCUGCUAAGUGAGGACGGCGUGGGACAGGAGUCACAACGGCUGGGUGGGAUCGUGCUGUCCCAGCGCACACCCAGUCAGACGGGCCGAGGGCACAGGAUCACCUCAGAGGGCGCGGGGCAGGGGGAGCCGCGACCUCUCCCUGUCAGAAGGAGCAACGGGUAAUUUAGGAGACAAAACACACGAUGACGCUUCCCGGCAACUGGUCCAGGAGACUGAGGACUUGCUGACUCUGGCUUCACUGGCCUCCGAGCAGACUGGUGAGGGGCAAGAGGAUGCCAACACCUAUGCAACGUGCCCAAGCCUGGAACUGCCCCCACUUUGGUGCACUGGCUGUGGGAGCAAGGAAAUGGAUACCUUCUGCUUUGUCUGCUUCCAGAAAGAGGAGCUACAGCCCUUGCAAAUGAAUAGUGCGACAAUGAGUGCUGGCUCGAUCGAGCAGGAGCCGUCGCGCAAGCUGGCCUGCUGCGGGGUGCCCCUGAUCACCGAGGACAUGCAGUCGCUGGCCAUCCGCACCCUCUCCGGGACCGACAUCAAUAAGCACUAUGACCUCAUCCGCGAGCUUGGCAAGGGCACCUACGGCAAGGUGGACCUGGUGUCCCACAAAAGCACAGGCACCAAAAUGGCAUUGAAGUUCGUGAACAAGAGCAAGACGAAGCUGAAGAACUUCUUGCGGGAGUUCAGCAUCACCAACACGCUCUCCUCCAGCCCCUUCGUCAUCAAGGUCUUUGACGUGGUCUUUGAGACUGAGGAUUGCUACGUCUUCGCUCAGGAGUACGCGCCUGGCGGGGACCUCUUUGACAUCAUCCCGCCACAGGUGGGCCUCCCCGAGGACAUGGUGAAGCGCUGUGUGCAGCAGCUGGGCCUGGCCCUGGACUACAUGCAUAGCAAGAACUUGGUGCACCGGGACAUCAAGCCGGAGAACGUGCUGCUCUUUGACCGCGACUGCCGCCGGGUGAAGCUGGCCGACUUCGGCAUGACCCGCAAGGUGGGCUGCCGGGUGAAGCGCAUCAGCGGCACCAUACCCUACACGGCGCCCGAGGUGUGCCAGGCCGGCCGGGCCGAAGGCUUUGCCGUGGACACCAGCAUCGACGUGUGGGCCUUCGGGGUGCUCAUCUUCUGCGUCCUGACUGGCAACUUCCCCUGGGAGGCAGCCUCUGCCUCAGACACCUUCUUUGAGGAGUUUGUGCGGUGGCAGAAGGGGCGCCUGGCAGGUCUGCCAUCCCAGUGGCGGCGCUUCACAGACAACGCCCUGCGCAUGUUCCAGCGUCUCCUGGCCCUGGACCCCGAGAAGCGCUGCCCCGUCAAGGAGGUCUUCUACUUCAUCAAGUAUGACCUGAUGUCAGAGGUGCGCCGCCGGCCCUCCUACCGCUCCCGCAAGCAUGCCGGAGAUAAGCUCUCUGCUGGCCCCCACCGCCAUGAGACGCCCAGCUCCUGCACCCCUACCCCGCUCAAGAGAACCAUCCUGACGGAAGGCAGUGGCCCCCGGCUCUCUGCCUCCGAGCCAGGCCUGCCCUCCCCUGGGGGAGCUAGCCGGACGGACGGGCGGCAGGACAAAGGCAAAGGGCAGAUGGUCCUGGCCACAGCAAUAGAGAUUUGUGUCUGAUGAGGGCUCAGUGGGAAUGAGGGGACAGCUGGUCCUCACAACACCGCUCUGCUCCGUACAGCCUGCAACGAUGAUGUCAGCACCCCCGUCUCCCCGCCCCACUGGUGAAUGGGGGUCAAGGGGGGAUGGGGAUUCCUUUUUGUGUGAAAAGGGACCAGGAGCCGUGUCUCCCGAAGCAAAAAAUACUCACACUGCUAGUACUCACUGAUACUGAGGAUGCGACGUACAGCUAAACCCUGGAGGAAAGGCCAGAGUGCAGACACAGCCAGGCAGAAAGGCCCCGGCUUGGUGGCCGGGAAGGACCAUGUGUGUCAUGGCGGCCCCUCCCCGUCACGUCUUCCAUGAUUGGGUUGGAGGCUGCUUCCCCUGGCACUCUGCACUGUGCCCCUGCUUUGUCAGUGGGGCCUGGGAGGAGCGCUGAGGCUCUUCCCAUUGAUGGGGGUGGGCUGGGACUUCACAGGGAUGAGAGCAGGAAGCCACAGGAGGGAGGGAAUCGGCACUGAGUCUUGGACACAUGGAUGGGUGACCAUCUUGCGGGCAGCAGGGGCUCAGCAGGGAUGUC